CACAUUAUAUACACAUUAUUCAUUGCCUCUCUCUCUCUCUCUCUCUGCUGAGUUAUUGGCAGAAAAACCUCGUUCAUUCAUAUUCAUAUGAUAGAUAUUUAAGGUUGCGUGAAACAGAAGAUUGGAAUAAUAGUUCUCUUGUUGGUAAUAACUAAUUAUUACAAACUCAUCAGAAUUUUUUUCUCGAAAUGGGGAAGAAACUUGAACUCCUCAAAGACAAGGAAACUGCUAAAGUUGAAGCUGUUCUUGAACUCAUCAGAAAACAAACCCCUCUCACUGUCAAACAGGAAAAGUUCUGCAACUAUGCUUGUGUGAAACGGUUUCUGAAAGUGAAAGGAGAUAAUGUGAAAAGAGCUGCUAAACAACUAAGAGCUUGUCUUUCAUGGAGAGAAAGUAUUGUUACUGAUCAAUUGAUAGCAGAUGAUUUCUCAGCUGAAUUAUCUGAAGGGUUGGCUUAUGUGGCUGGUCAUGAUGAUGAAUCCAGACCUGUUUUGAUUUUCCGCAUGAAACAAGACUAUCAGAAGUUGCAUUCUCAGAAACUGUUCUUCACUCGUUUAUUGGCUUUCACAAUGGAAGUGGCAAUUUCAAACAUGCCAAAAAAUGUUGAACAAUUUGUCAUGCUUUUCGAUGCAAGCUUUUACAGAUCAGCAUCUGGAUUUAUGAACUUGUUGUUGGGAGCAUUGAAAAUUGUGGGUGAGUACUAUCCAGGACGGUUAAGCAAAGCAUUUGUGAUAGACCCUCCAUCACUUUUUGCAUACUUGUGGAAGGGUGUUCGUCCAUUCGUUGAGCUAUCAACAUGCACAACAAUAGUAUCAUCCCUAGAUUUCGAACCAUCAAUGGACUACAACGACUUCUCAACUUACCCAAGAGCCUCAUCACUCAGAUUCGAUCAAUCAACGGCGAAGAUCGGUUCAUGCUCAUCCUCACGCUUCUCCUUCCAAGUCUCACACCAACUCGACUCACUGAAACCAUGGUACCUUAGCCUAGGAGGAGACAACACAUCAUCCUCCAAAGUAGGACCCACUAGCCCAUCCCUUACACCACUCAACGCUCGCUCACUCUCAUUCGCUUCACCAAUAGCACGCAACCCACUGGGCCCACCAGCUAGCAGGAAGGGGUUGUUCCCUUCAACACCACUGCCGCAGAGAGUGACUACUGCUCCUAACCGGACUACGGCGGCGUCGUUUCUUCAGUCUCCGGCGACGUUUUUCAGGCGGGAUAGGGAUAAUGUGAAGGUGGAAAGAGGUAGAGAAACAUUUUUGGCGUAUGUGAAAUUCUAUAGAAGGGCGUAUGAUGAAAUGGUUUAUAGGUCAAAGAUGAGGCCCCCACUUGGUGGAUUAGUCUCCAUUGUUUCACCUCAUCUUAGACGCCGUCACACUCACCUUUCUGUUUCUCAGCGUUUCUAAUCAAAUAUACACCACACCGCAAUCAACUCAACUCAACUCCAUCAAACAUUUUUUUUUUUUUUUUUUUGUUUUUCUCUUAUAUUUCCCAGUACAUAUAUUAUUAUUAUUAUAAUAUAAUUGAAUGUACUAGAUAUCAUAUCAUGAAUUGGUUAAAUUGUUUAGUCAUUCUCAAAUAUUCCAAUUUUCAA